AAAGUUGAUCUCCGUUAUUGGAGCUGCUGCAAUGAGAGAAUCCCUCAUUUUUGGGUAGCUUUCUUCAUUGCUAAAUGUGUUUGUCCAUUUGUGCCGUGUGAAGCAUUUUUGAUUAAAAAAUUUUGAGUGUUUUUUCGUAUCCUGAAAAUCCGCAAAGUGAAAAAAAAUGAACGGAUAUGGUUCUAGUUCUAGUAGUUCAUCAGGAAGCUCAUCAGAUGAGGAAGAUCAGCCUAUGGUCUACUGGGAGCAGGUGAAUAUGGCAAGAUUACGAAGGGAACCCAGGCAGAGGAAUGCCAAUGGGCAGGUGUUGAAUGGAUAUCACGAAGAUCCACAGCCUGGACCAAGUCGACCACCCCAAUGGGAGGCACUUGUGGAAAUGGUAAUUGAGAGAUUACCCCAGGGAAAUCAUCGAGAUGGCAUGAUGAAUGGGCAUCUUGAGCUUGAUGAACCUGAUCAUGAACCUCCGUAUCUACCUCUGGCUGUACCUCAACCCGAACCUGAACCCCAACCAGGACCAAGCCGACGAAAGAGAAUACGCCUUGUGUUGAAUCCCGAUCGUCAAGGGCGAUCGAGAAGUCUCACUUUACCGCGAAGAAACAGCGAAGGCCCCCCAGACAGAUCACGUCAUCCACCAUUUCCGGGAUUCCAUUCCGAUGGUGAUCUCUUGCCUGUCAAUGUGGCUCGUCAGACUCGUCGAAUGCGAAGACGUUGCUUCUCACCGGGACCGGUUAUUGGCUUCCGUUGUCCAUCCGUCAGCCCCAUUGGGAGUGUACGUGAAUUCCAAAGCUACUCCUCAUCCAGAGCUUCCAGCCUUAUGGAUGUACGCGAAGAUGAUGAACUGCCAAAUGAUGUAUUUUAUGACGAUGAAGAUCCACCGGAUGUCCUUAACAGAACCCUAACCUGGUCAACGUUCCUGAACUACUUUGUAAUUGGACACCUCAUUCCGAAUUUUGAGAACGCCAGGAUCGAACUUUCCCAUUUUUGGGAAAUGACGACCCAAGAAUUCAAAGACAUUGGAAUUACAAAUGGUCGUGAAUUGGCAAUUCUGGCAAAAAUCCAAUAUUCCUACACAGGAGAAAAUCACUACAUGCGACGAUGAAAGAAGCUUUCAGGAUCAACUUAAUGACUAGAAAAAUAUUAUAUAUUUUUCUUUUUAAAAUAAAAGAACAAAUUGAAUAGAAAAUGUACAAAAAAAAUUGACUCGCAAUAAAUAUUGUAAAAAGUU